AUGCCCACCCUAUUCAAUGUCUUCUUAAUGAUCUUCUUUCUCCUGGAGUCUAUGGCAGCAAUCCUAGGAAAUGGUUUCAUCAUCACAGUGCUGGGCAGGGAGUGGGUGCGAUGUUGGACCCUGUCCCCUGGUGACAUGAUCCUGGCCAGCCUGGGCAUCUCCCGCUUCUUUCUCCAUUGGGCAGCAGUUGUUGGUAACUUCUACAGAUAUUUCUCCUCAGGUGACAACAGUCUAUAUUUUGACAUUUUCUGGAAUUUCACUAAUGUGACCACAUUCUGGUUCACCACCUGGCUUGCUGUUUUCUACUGUGUGAAAAUUUCUUUCUUCACUCACCCAAUCUUCUUCUGGCUAAAAUGGAGAAUUUCCCGAUGUGUCCCCUGGCUACUGUUGUGUUCCCUAUUGAUAUCCAGUUUGAUAUUUAUCCCAUAUCUUGUAAAGGACUAUCUUGUUUUGUACUUGCCAGUUACUGGGAAUUACUCAGGAAAGACCACUUUGGCUGAUGGGACACAUGUAUUGCUGAAGUAUUUUUACCUAUCACUCCAAAUGGUCAUUUUGUUAGUUCCUUUCCUCUUCUUCCUUGCCUCCACCAUCUUGGUUAUUUCCUCCCUAUGCCGACACUUGAGAAACAUGCAGCACCACAGUGCUGGUCGUCAGGAUCAGAGUAUACAGGUCCACAUUACAACCCUGAAGUCACUUUUCUACUUUCUCAUCCUCUAUACAUCAUAUGUCCUGCCUCUGGUCAUUAGCAUCACGGCACCCAUUUCAUUUUGUACGUCUCAGCUUUGGGUUUGUCAGGUAGUCAUAUAUGCUGGCAUCUCCAUCCAUCCUGUCUUCCUGAUCCUGAACACCUCAAAAUUGAGAAAGGCUCUGAAGAAGAUUCUUCAUAACCCAGAGACUGCGUGA